AUGGGAAAGUGGUUCCAGGCAGCGUACCCAACCCAACCCAACCCGUUCUGCUUGAUCCCCACCCCACCUACCCCACUGCUCCCCAUCCCACCCAAGGGAAUUCACCCCUUCCUUCUCACCCAUCCCACCCAAGGGGAUUCACCCCUUCCUUCUCACCCAUCCCACCCAAGGGGAUUCACCCCUUCCUUCUCACCCAUCCCACCCAAGGGGAUUCAUCUCUUCCUUCUCACCCAUCCCACCCAAGGGGAUUCACCCUUCCUUCUCACCCAUCCCACCCAAGGGGAUUCACUCCUUCCUUCUCACCCAUCCCACCCAAGGGGAUUCACCCCUUCCUUCUCACCCAUCCCACCCAAGGGGAUUCACCCCUUCCUUCUCACCCAUCCCACUCAAGGAGAUUCAGUCCCCAUCCCUCUCAACCACCCAACCCCCAUUCCCUCUCACCCACCGAACCCAAGGGGAUUCAUUCCCCUUCCCUCUCACCCACCCAACCCAAGAGGAUUCAGUCCCCUUCCCUCUCACCCACCCAACCCAAGAGGAUUCAGUCCCCUUCCCUCUCACCCACCCAACCCAAGAGGAUUCAGUCCCCUUCCCUCUCACCCGCCCACCCAGCCCAUCCCUACCUUCACCUGCCAGCGGUAG